UUGAAUACCCUUUUCGCAACAGCGGUUAACGCACGCAGCCAGAGGGAUAGGUUUUGCAUCGAAGCUGCAAAGCCGGCCUCCGCUGCUAGCUGGCGUCCACCCGGCGUCCCCUGCUCGCCUGCGUCCAGCCGGCGUCCGCUCAGAGCUCAUCCUACUCGGACACGUCAUGACGGAAGCGGAAGCGGAGAUGGAGAACGAGGAGCGCUCAAUGAUGACAUCAGAACUGGAUAAGCUAGCGCUGCAAACGGCAGCAAUUUAUAUCGAAAUAGCCAAGAUUGAGAAGGAGGCCGCCGAGGAGAAGGCCAAGAUUGAGAAGGAGGCCGCCGAGGAGAAGGCCAAGAUUGAGAAGGAGGCCGCCGAGGAGAAGGCCAAGUCUGAGGCCCGGAUACGCAAGAUUAAGAAGGAGGCCGCCGAGGAGAAGGCCAAGUCUGAGGCCCGGAUACGCAAGAUUAAGAAGGAGGCCGCCGAGGAGAAGGCCAAGAUUGAGAAGGAGGCCGCCGCGGAGAAGGCCAAGUCUGAGGCCCAACUACGCAAGAUUGAGGAGGAGGCCGCCGAGGAGAAGGCCAAGUUUGAGGCCCGGAUGCGCAAGAUUGAGAAGGAGGCCGCCGAGGAGAAGGCCAAGAUCGCGGAUGAGGCCGCCACGGAGAAGGCCAACUCCGAGGCGCGCGAGGCCAAGGCUGAGGAGGAGGCCGCCCGGACUACAAACCUUGGUCAAAAGCACCAGGACCUGCUGGGCCUCAAAUUCGUGGCCUCGAUGCUGGUCAAGGCGACCAACUGGUUCAACACCAAUCAACAAUGGGCGGACAUCAAGCUGAAAACGUCCUGACGGUGGCCGUCGUCUAUCCCAUUCGGCCUCAUGGCUGUCCUGCUGGCCUUCAGCCUGACGGCUGCUGCCCCCCACAUUGUCAGCUACAAGGUUGUGGACUGGCUGGCACUAGCAGCCGGGAUCGGUGGGAUGGUCGCGAUGCUGCCAUGGACAGUCGGGCAGACCAUGUUCCACGUUGAGCUGUGGAAACAGGGCGGCAGAGGCAGGCCCGUGGUCGCGGCUGUAUACGGCGGCACACUGGCGGUGUUGAGUGCCCUAGCAUCCUGGCCCUGGAAUGUGCACGCGGAGCCCAGCAAUGCCGUCGCAAACUGGACCUAUGCUGCCGGCAUUAGUGCGUUGGCUACCUCGUCCAUCGCGGCAGCGUGUCAGUCCGCUGACCAGAAUGGAUUGCCUUGCUUGACGGCAAGGCUAAUUCCAAAUGGGAAACGGCGGCAAACACUUGGGCUACACCACGCUGGCGCAGCAAUCUGGUGCACCCAACAGCACAGGCAUGAGAUGGCAACGGCCGUGACGGUGCAACGGCUGUGACGGUGAUACGCACCCGAGGUUAGCGAUGUCCGCUUUACGCGCGCAGUGUUUGUGUGCGCCGUGGUGGCCUCGUGUGUGUGUCGUUGUCGCUGCUGUUUGUUGUGCUGGUGGUCGCACUGCACUCACGCGUGCCGGUCUCGCUCGUUUUGCUGUUUCGCGGUCGUGUGGCAGUGGCUUGGUGUCGUGGCGCCCCGGGGGGGCGCUUGGUGCGCGCCCGGCGCGCUUGCGCGGACCAUUACUGUGGGGUGCUAGCAUUCCUGUGCACUACUGUCUUAUGGCUGCGUCAAGUGCUGGGGAUGGUGCGGUGAGAUGGGAUUACUGGUGACCUUGGGACCGGCGCGGUGACGGCCGCAUACCUGCAUCAUCAUGAGCCUGAGGCUGCAUGCUGCUUGAUGACGGUGGUGUGAAGUGUUGGGGAGGUAUUGGUUACGGGCAGGUGGGGCUGGGUGACAUGGGCGCUCUUGGGGAUGGUGAAGGUGAGAUGGGCGAUGUGUUGCCAUUGUGGACCUGGGUCCUGGCGUGCGGGCGGCAGCGGUGGUGGCUGGGGGUUUUCACACGUACACGCUGCUUGUUAAGUGCAGUGGAGAUACCAACAGCCAGGUGACGGGCCUGGCGAGAUGGGGGCUGCCCUACCGGAUGUAAGUCUAGGCCCUAGCAGUGGUAGCGGUACACGUGCAACGGCUCUGGCAGCUGAGGAUUCCCAUACGUGCACGGCACUAGUAGGGACCAACACUGUGAAGUGCUGGGGCGGUGAGCGAGAUAGGCGCUGCGUUGCCAACUACCAUUUGGCACAGGGUUCCCCUGGUAUGUGGUUUCCCCAAGUGGGCUGAGCCCACGCCACGUCUCUAGUCUGAGGC